AUACAAUUUCGUGCGUAUCAGUCUUGUGACAUCACGUUAUCGACAACUCGGAGGAUCCUUGUCAAAUUCAUCUAUGAAUUCUUUAAGAACAUUACCAUGCAUGUCAAGCAUGGUAUCAAAACUUCAUCGCUUGAAUGUAGCAUUGGUUCGGAAAGCGAGUUCAGUAAAAGAGAGUGAGUUGAAGAGGACUCCCCUAUCAGACUUCCAUGUGGAGCAUGGAGCCAAGAUGGUCCCGUUUGCUGGCUACUCGAUGCCAGUCCAGUACAAGUCUGGUCUUGUGAAAGAGCACCUUCACUGCAGGUCAUCAGCAGCCAUCUUUGAUGUGUCACAUAUGCUACAGAGCAGGAUUUAUGGAAAGGACAGAGUCAAGUUUAUAGAGUCAUUAACAGUUGCUGAUGUUGAGGCCCUAAAACCAAACACAGGUACUCUCAGCCUCUUCAUUAAUGACCACGGAGGCAUCAUUGAUGACCUCAUCAUCAACCAGACCUCUGAGGACCAUCUCUACAUUGUCUCUAAUGCAGGGUGUGCAGACAAAGAUCAAGCUCAUAUCAAGAACAAACUGGCAUUGUUUGUAGCAGAAGGCCAUGAUGUAUCAUAUGAACCAAUCACAGACAUGGCAUUGAUAGCCUUACAAGGUCCUGCCAUGGCACGAGUGCUUCAAGCUGGGGUUUCUGAUGACCUCGGCAAGCUGACCUUCAUGUCAGGGGUCAACACCUCAGUCUUUGGUAUCCCAGGAUGCCGAGUGACGAGAUGCGGCUACACCGGAGAGGAUGGUGUAGAGAUCUCUGUCCCAAGCAACCGAUCAGUGGAGCUUACCUCAACUCUCCUUGCUGCAAAGGAUGCAUCAGUGGUCAUGGCAGGGCUUGGUGCUCGGGAUAGUCUAAGGUUGGAAGCAGGGCUCUGUCUCUAUGGAAACGACAUCAAUGAUGAUACGACUCCUGUAGAAGCCAUGCUAGGCUGGACUAUAGGUAAGAGGAGACGGCAACUAGCUGACUUUCCAGCAGCAGAUCGCAUCCUACAGCAAAUCAAAGAGAAGCCUAGCAGGAAAAGAGUUGGAAUAGUGUCAUCUGGGCCUCCUAUUAGAGGAGGCGAAAUCUUGAGCAAUUCUGGCGAGCUAAUUGGUGAUGUGACGAGUGGCUGUCCGUCUCCAUCCCUCAAGAACAAUGUCAUCAUGGGAUACGUGUCGGCAGCCCACGCCAAGAAUGGGACAAAGGUCCAGUUCCAGGUACGAAAAAAGACUGUUGAAGGGGUGGUAACAAAGAUGCCGUUUGUGCCUACAAAUUACUAUAUCUUGAAAUGAGGGAUGUGGCUUUGUUUACAACACUAUUUUACCGCUGCUGCCUUUGUUUUAAAGCCUAUCUGCACUAGUUUGGCCAGGAGGGAUUAGACCUCCCUGCAUGGUCACUGACAGGUGGUUAUCUCAUCAA